AUGUCGGAUCUCAGUUCUGCCUCACUGGUAGACGAUCCGGAAGAGCAUCCGCCAUUAUUGCCCAAAACCGGCGAUGGCCCCACCCUCAAGUCUGAGAUAUGGGGCUGGUGCUUGUACGCAUGGGCCUCAGAGCCAUUCAUAGUGAGCGUGGUUGGGACUUAUGUACCGCUUUUACUAGAGCAGUUGGCUCGAGACAACGGGGUUAGGCUCUCUGAUCUCACAACGCCGUGUGUUGGUGCAAAGCAUCCAAGUCCCGUUCCGGAACCAAUACCACCCACACCAGAUGACCCAAAUCCUAAGCACCCACAAGAACAUUCGUGCGUUCUCCCGGUGCUCAAUGGCAAUUUCAACAUCGAUACUUCGUCAUAUGCUCUUUAUACAUUCUCGUUCUCAGUCUUCGUGCAAACGCUGGUCGUGAUAUCCAUGAGUGGGGCUGCGGAUAGAGGGUCGUAUAGGAAGUCGCUUCUUUUGGGAUUUGGUGCGGUAGGAGCCAUUGCUACGAUGGUUUAUAUAUUCAUAAGCGACUCAAAUUACUAUUGGGCGAGUUUCUUGGCGAUUGUGGCCAAUAGCUGCUAUGGAGCCGUGAAUGUGUGUGGCAACGCCUUUUUGCCUGUGCUAACAGAUAAUCAUCCGGAACUGACGAGGAGGGACUCAGACUCGAAUAUUUCACGCUCAGAAGCAAAAGGUGCUAUUUCCUCGAAAAUCAGCGGAAAAGGUGCUUCUGCGGGGUAUAUUUCCGCUCUGCUCGUGCAACUUUUGACGAUGCUGAUUUUGGUGAAGCUGAAGAAGGGUAUGUCCUCAAAGACACCCGAAAUCGCAUCCAAUUCGUCGAUUUUCCCGAUCCAGGUAGUGAUAUUUAUUGUGGGACUUUGGUGGUUUGCUUUUCAGUUGCCUCUCCAUUGGUUGCUCAAGCCAAGACCCGGUCCCCAUCUCCACAUGAGCCACUCUCCACCAUCUCCCAUAGUGUACUCCACGGAGGGACCAAAAACCUACUACACAGGGCUCCUCGUGUACAAGCUAACCGUUUUGAAGGCUUAUAUCAUAUACGGCUGGAAGACUUUGUUUUUGGCGACCAAGACUGCGAGACAACUAAAGGACAUAUCGUUGUUUCUGCUGGGAUGGUUCAUCGUUUCCGAUAGCACCACCACGAUCAACUCAGCUGCCAUUCUGUUUGCGCGAUCCGAGCUUAAAAUGUCUACUCUUCAGCUCUCUUUCAUUGGAAUAGCAACGAUGCUUUCCGCGAUAUUGAGUGCGUCUCUGAUACCAACGGUGAUCCAGCCUUACUGGCAUAUCUCCACUAAACGGAUGUUCAUCUACACCAUCGUGUGGAGCAGUGUGAUUCCUUUCUAUGGUUGUUUGGGUUUUUAUUUUGACUCUUUUGGGCUCAAGCACCCAUUCGAAAUGUACAUUCUGGCAGUGUUCUAUGGGUUCUCGCUAGGUGGCCUGGCAACGGUCUCCAGAUCUCUGUUCUCAUUGCUCAUUCCGAAGGGCAAAGAAUCGGUGUUUUUCUCGCUGUUUAGCGUCACCGACAAAGGUAGCUCUAUCCUGGGACCUGCUGUCGUGGGCAUUAUCGUUGAUAAAACCCACAAUAUCAGGUACUGCUUCUACUUUCUGUAUGCUCUUUUGGUGGUUUCGCUUCCGGUGUUUGCUCUCGUGGAUAUUGAGAGGGGCGCACGCGAGGCAUUAGUGUUGGAGCAUGUUGAUGAUAAUGAGAGGGAAUGA